CCAGUUGCGAUCAGAUCGUCCGAAGGAAAUAUCACGUCGUCGGGUACUUAGCGAAUUGGCCGCGUGGAGUGGUUAAAGUGUUAGUGGAGCAACAAAAAAUGGCUAAGAAAAUGUUCAGCAAUAUAUUGGUGGUGACUCUACUUGUACUCAGUACGGAUGUCGAAGCACGACCCUCCUCCACGGGUGGUGAGGCGAACGUGGAUCCCAGCGAAUACCACGGCAAUCUGUCGGUGGAAACGGUGCUGAAAGUGCAGCAGUGCGAGAAGGACACCAACACGAUGGAGCUGUGCAUGCGAUGCGCCAAGGUGACCAAGUCGGAGUUCGUCUAUCCCAUGUGCUGCGGCAACGAAGAUGGCAUCAAGGACUGGUGCAGGGAGUACGUGUACUUCGGCAACGAGUAGAUCCGGAAUGGAGGGCAGGAGGCGAUGAAGGCUGUGUAAAUUGGUUCGCGCUCCUGCAUGGGAUUGGCUGUGAUAAACCCACUGUAUUUAUUUAAAUUAUAUUUAGGAAUAAACAAGGCUAAAUUAGCGUAUUUGCGGUCUUUACCCUUUCCCACUAAAAAACACUCCUCAUUUCAUUUUGUACGUUCUUUUAUUUAUUUCUCUUCAUUUUUUUGCCGAAUUUUGUUUGUAAAUUCAUUUUUUGCAUUUUUAGAAAACUUUAUAAUAAUUAAACUUUUUUAAUCGGAUACGGAUAUCAAUAAGUGAUUUCGAAAAUGUUUAAUUGGCAAACGAAUGCAUAAAUAAUAAUCAUCGCGCAUUCAAAUCAAUCAAAUAUUUAAGCUUAUAUAACUGCUGCCUUCGUUUGUUUAAAUAAUAAGGUAAAAAACUAUAAGCGAAAAUAAGGAUGCACAUCCGUUCAAACUUUAGCCCGAAAGAAACUCGUCCUCGAGCGACGGAGACGUGGAACUCGCACUACACGAUAUAUAUAUAAAUGUAUAUAACAAACAAGGUACAACCUA